AUGGAGUCUCUUCUAUCUCUCGCCUUCGACAACCUCUCAUCCUACGAUGGACCCAAAAUCCGCAAAGGUCUUCGCCAGGUCGAAGGUCUUUUAGCCCAGAUCUGCCUCUCAAACGCAAACUCCCAAAACGACAGCCAUCGACGCCGAGGUUCAGAAGACGACAACAGUGAUGCAUCGACGUCAUCGCAGAAGGACCUUGGCCAACUUUCUCAAGAUCCAGCUUUCCGCGAGUUCUUCAAGCUGCAGGAGGGAUUCGAAUGGAACGUGCCUAUGCGUCUGAUCGGUACUCUCGAUAGACUGAUGGCUAAGGGUGGUGAUGGUGGAAACGACCUCUUAAUUCUGAGUGCUCUUGAUCUUAUCCAAGGACUGCUAUUGCUGCACCCUCCCAGCAAGUCUCUUUUCGCCCGAGAGCAGAAUAUGAAUCUUCUUCUCGACCUUCUUGAGCCAUACAACUGCCCCGCGAUCCAGUCUGCGACUCUUCUCACACUCGUCACCGCCCUCAUCGACACUCCAGUCAACACACGCACAUUUGAGAGCCUUGAUGGCCUUCUCACUGUCACUUCCCUCUUCAAAUCUCGAUCUACAGCCCGUGAGGUCAAACUCAAGCUUGUCGAGUUCCUUUACUUCUACCUCAUGCCUGAGAUCCCGUCCAUCCCUCGAGCCGACCAGCGCGACAGUGUCCCUGGUAUGUUCCAACGAAGCCCCAGCAAACUCGUCGGGGCUUUCAACGCCGACUCCCGCCGCAAGCGCUCUGGCUCUGAUCCUGAGGGCGAUAUCUAUCUCACCACCGAGGAGAAGCAAGAGCUGCUUAGCCAGCACCUGAGCAGUGUGGAGGAUCUCGUCAAGGACCUCCGAGAUUGCGCACCCUUUGGCGGUGUCGUCUGCUAA